AUGUCCCUACGCCACCUUGUCAGUAAGAACAAGCGCAGGUAUAACGAGCAUGGCUUUGAUCUUGAUCUGGUGUAUGUAAGACCGGGCCUCAUCACAAUGGGCUAUCCCGCAACAUCCAUUGAAGCAUCCUUCCGAAAUCCAGUCAAGCAUGUUCUACGGCUCUUUAAUUCUGUUCAUGCAGAGAAGUACUGGGUGUUCAAUUUGUGUUCGGAGGUCAAGAGACGCUAUCAUCCAUCUCUUUUCAACAACCGGGUUUCCUACUAUGGAUUUGAAGACCACUGCCCUCCUCCUAUUAACCUACUUAUCGACGCUGUCAAUCAGGCCAUGAACCUUUAUUCUACAUGUCCAGACGUUACACUGGCCAUCCAUUGUAAAGCUGGCAAAGGACGGGCAGGCACAGUAGCCAUUUGUAUUCUUCUUGCUAUGGCUUAUAUGCAAGACUCUGCCAGGGAAAUUAAUGAUUCAUCCAACGAUUGUUUAUUGGCCGAUACCCUUGCUGAUUACGCCAGGACCAAAACUUACGAUGGAAAGGCUAUCACAAUCCCAUCUCAAUUACGAUACCUUCAAUAUUUUAAUUCACUGAUGCGGCGGCAGCUUCCCUGCAAGCGACUUUCCCGGAUCUCCUACUAUCCUAGAUUGUUGCUCAAAAAAGUUGGCAUAAUUAAUUUCCCCGCUUCUAUGCGAAAGAAGGCAGGGAAGAAUGAUGAUCUGUGUCUUCGCAUAGUGUGCUUUUCUGGCUCGAAGGAGAUUCCAACAGACGAUGUAACCAACCAUUUGGAACUGUGCAACAUUAAAUAUAGUAUUUUACCCGAUGGUUCUGUUUGUGAUAGACUCCCUGGUGUAGAUCUCGCUAUAGAACAUUCUACAGAGUCAGCACAUGAGUCGCAUGACAGUGCUUCGCAAAUGUUUAAGGCGCUUAAUGAACUAUAUGACACUGAAGAGGUGACGACGCCCUUAAGAUAUUAUGAUUACACAUGCUCUUUAGAGUCUAUAGCGGAGCAACACAUUCCAGUACAAGGUGUACAGAUGGAAUCAAAUGAUGAUAGCAAAAGUACAGAUGCUGUAAGUAGCGCAGCUUCCAAUCUACUAUCUUCUUCUUCAAAGGGGGAACGGAAGCGAGCCAGAUCACGUUCCGGCCUUUCGAUACCUUCAAAGUGUCAACGGGCAUGCUCUAACACGGUAGACAUAUAUACUAAUGCAAUUCUGUUUGUAUCCUUGGAUGCUGUGCUUCCGCUAAGUGAUCCGGUGAUACUUCAAGAUGAAAUAGUCGUGGAACUGACCAAGCGAAACAGCAAGCAAAGCCUGGGAUCGCUGCGUCUCAAUAGCUACUUUUUGACAUCUGAGUUCCCAUUCUCUAUCUCAUCAGACAAUUUGCUCACUUUGACAAUACCUGGGGUCGAACUAGAUAAUACUAUUUCGCGACAGUUAUGGAAGGAUACUAGUCUUGUAUUCGUAAUGGCUCUCAUCGAUUCGUAA